UUGGCCUUGUCGCAUUUUCGGCUUUCUGAUGCUCCAAGACGGCCCAAGAGGCCCCCAAGAGCGCACGAAGACGGUCCGUAGCCAUUUUGGCUCAAGGCCGCCCUGGCUCGAGCCUGGGCCACCCGGACCUCAGGCCUUGCCGAGCGCAUCCGGCCGCUGCUCGUAGGCCCCGGCGCUGGCCGGUUCCCGAGGGAGAUGCACCGCGCGCUGGCGCGGGGUGCCGUGCGGUCGGGCAAGCUCGUGCACUACGAUGGUAUGGAAAUAACAGUGAUCAGCUCAAUCGGGGACACCGCUGCAAGCUUGGGCCUCAUCAGCACCCUCGUAUUCAGCAUCGCUGUCACCAUCGUGCUGUCAAUUGAGACGGUCGGAAAGGAGGGCAUGAUGAUGUGUUUGUGUGUUGCAAUAUCUACCAGCAUCUACACAACAACGCAUUCACUGCUCGAGUACUACUACACAGCGAACGUCAAGGGGCUUAGCCAGUACAUAGUUAACGAAGAGAAUGAAGGUAACACACUGGAGCCCUCCAAGAAAUUGCACCGGGCUGCAGAGCAGAGCGACUUGGCAGGAGUGUCAAGUACGAAAAUUGACGAGGAGAGGGCGCUGACAAUCAACUCACACGGGGAACUCAUGAUGAUCCUUCUUGAAGCGUUUGCCUCGUUCAAUACUAUGCGCCAGAGGGCCAGAAAUGCUACGUGGGUCUCCAUCUCUUCGAUAUGCUUUGCCGCGCUCUUCAAAAUUGUCUUACAGGAUAAUGAUGCAGGACAGGUGCCACGAUCUCGUUGCUGGAGCGCGGCUCUUUUUUUCGGCGGGUGGUUGUUCUCGUUGGGGUGUGUCCAUGCAUCAUCUGUUACUCAAGCUACCUUAGACAUCAAGGUGUCUGUUGCUGUGUCCGCAAUAGGCCUGGCCAUUAGCUCUUGCACGGCGUACUUUUACGAUCCCGACUUCGACAUGCCGAAGCUCGUGUGCUCAUUCGUUUUAGUGUGCGGCAUCGCCGGCAUGGCGAAAUCUGUGAAGGCUUACCGUGAAGUGUUCAUGCCUUUCAUCAAGCAGCAUGCGACAGUGCAUUGAGGGAGCCGCUCGUAUUGAGUCCGCCAGCCGUCUGAAAUAUACCAGCGCUCGCCAGCUACCCGUGACUGAGGCGGUUGUUGCUUGGCAUCGCUCGGACGUGUGCGUUUUUUCCUCGGCGAGGACCAUCGAGGAGCAUCCUUGAUCAAUUGGCGAAAAAAAACACGCACGAAACCGAAAAAAACGCAGGGAAUGGACGUCCGAGCGAUGGCCAGUGUUGGGCUUUGUCGUUACAGAGUCCCGCUGCAGUUCUGGAACGGUCGCCACAGAUCGGCACCAUAAUACUCCAUAGCACAAUCCGUCCCCCGUCGGACCUCAGCCAGACCUGCCGCACCCCCGCCCUGCUGGUGUCCCCGCGCCGCUGGCGCGCAUCCCGACGAUGCGGCAAGGGCGUCGGAUUCGCCCUUCUCCAAGCCCAACCAAAGUUGAUGGCGUUCCCCCUCUAUCCCUCGUCGCGUUUUCCCUCUGUUGCCUGGCCCCCUCCCCUCUCCCCCCUCCUCCCCCUCCUCCGGCUCACCGACCUCACGACUCUCCCGCGUCUUUUUCCUCGCGUCCUUUCCCGUCUGAUUCUGAUCCUCGCACUUCCGUGUUUUCGCAAGGAGACUGCGCACUUUUGGUUGGACGCCAGGUGCCACAGCGUGCACGUUGCUCUCCCCCUAAGUCGACCGACUAGGCUAGAGGCGACAGCCUGAGUACGGGUAGACGGUUCCAGCAGUCCGCCUGCACUCUCGGACCAGAAGCGACAUCGGCCAGAUUUGGCGACGCCAACUUUGCCCCAGUGGCGAUUCCAAGCUUCCUUUUGAAUUCGAGUGCCAAUAUUGGCGGUUGCGCGCAGGCGGUCAUUUUCAAGCCCCUUCAUAUCUUCUCAUGUUAGUCCUCGAUUCCCCCCCUGCCGCCGCCCACUUUGUGGAGGCCAAGUCUGGCCACCUCCAACCUUUAUGCGUUUUUGGUUGCCGUGCGCUUCGUCGAAGGAUGUUUCACCCCGCGGCCGCGGGCUCCAGUCUUCGUCGGACGCGCCUUCCCGCGACCAAUUGACCAGCCUUAGGGCGUUAAAAAAAAGAGCGCACGAAGACGGCUCAAGAGGCCCC